AUGAGAUCAUUCCAGCAAUUGACGCGCAGUAAGGCUCUCGCCGGCUUUGCUACCACUCGGAUCCUGCCAUCUCGGACAUUCGCGUCCACUCAAUUAUGGCAGCGAAGCUUUAAUGCUUCGGCCACCGCGGCUUCGCAGCUUCCUGGUCUGGAUGCUUCCAAGUUGACCGUGACCAAGACAAGCACACCGAAAGAGCUUACUCCGAACAAGGACUUGGUCUUCGGCAAGACGUUCACCGACCACAUGCUCACUAUUGAGUGGACUGCUGCUGAUGGGUGGCACGCUCCCCAGAUCAUCCCCUACCAGAACCUCAGCCUGGACCCGUCCACCUGCGUGUUCCACUACGCCUUUGAGUGCUUCGAGGGAAUGAAGGCAUACAAGGAUAAAACCGGAGGUAUCCGCUUAUUCCGCCCCAACAAGAACAUGGAACGCCUGAACAAGUCUUCUGCGCGUAUUGCUCUGCCCACCUUCGAUGGCGAGGCUUUAACCAAGCUGAUUGGCGAGUUCGUGAAGCUGGACAACCGCUUCAUCCCAGAUGCUCGUGGUUACUCACUGUACCUGCGCCCUACUAUGAUUGGUACUCAGAAGACUCUGGGUGUUGGACCUCCGGGCUCCGCCCUUCUGUUCGUCAUCGCUAGUCCCGUCGGACCCUACUACCCCACUGGCUUCAAGGCCAUCUCUCUAGAGGCCACCGACUACGCCGUCCGUGCCUGGCCUGGUGGUGUCGGUGACAAGAAGCUCGGUGCCAACUAUGCCCCUUGCAUCCUGCCCCAGCUUGAGGCUGCUUCCCGCGGAUUUCAGCAGAACCUGUGGCUCUUCGGCGAGGAAGAGUACGUGACCGAGGUCGGCACAAUGAAUCUCUUCAUCGCACUUAAGGAUAAGGAGACCGGACAGAAGGAGCUGAUCACUGCGCCUCUUGAUGGCACUAUUCUUGAGGGCGUUACCAGAGAUUCGGUGCUUGCUCUUGCCCGGGAGCGACUUGAGCCUCAGGGCUGGAAGAUUUCGGAGCGUAAGAUUCGCAUGUCCGAUGUUGCCAAGGCCGCCGAGGAAGGCCGCAUGAUCGAGGUCUUCGGAGCCGGUACUGCCGCCAUUGUCAGCCCAGUCCGCAACAUCAGCUACCAAGGCAAAUUGGUUGACUGCGGCCUGAAGGAGAAUGAGGAGGCUGGCGAGAUUGCUCUCCAGAUGAAGAACUGGAUCGAAGGUAUCCAGUAUGGAGACGAGCAGCACCCCUGGAGUUACACGAUUUAA